AUGUUCCCUUACACUGACACUCUACAGUCGUCGUACGCGGAUACAAGCUACGUCCCAAAUACAAAUAUUCAUGAUCCUGGAAUACCGUCAUAUAUGCCUUCAUUUCGUGAAGAUAUGCCGAUUCAAGACGCCACGCUCCGGCGCGUGGAAGAUGAAGUGAACGCGGACGUCGAGAUGCAGGGCCCGCACUCCUCGCAACACGUGGCGUACUUGGUGCUCGACACCAACGUCCUCUUGGGGCACCUCGAUGUCCUGCAACAGUUUGUGGAUGACGUCGAGCAGACAUCGGCGCCCGUCAUCGUGAUCGUCCCGGGCGUCGUCCUCUCCGAACUCGACGGUCAGAAAACGCGGCCGGGCCUUGCGUGGGCCGCGCGAAGAGCGUCGACCUGGCUUUUGGGAAAGGUGCGCUCGCGGCGGACGGUCAAGGGGCAGACGCACGAGGAGACGUGCAAACGUUCUGGCAAAUGGAACGUGCUUGAUGCAGGGGAGAGACGAGGCGGAGAGACGAACGAUGACCUCAUCGUCGACUGUUGUCGGUUCUUCUGCGAGCGACUCGUGCCAGCGUACCGCGCGCCAGUCGUGCUGUGCAGCGCGGACAAAAACGUCUGCUUCAAGGCGGAGAGCUUAGGCAAGACACCUCUUUCUCAUUGCGGCUACAACCAUGAAAUCGCGCGGUUUAUUUUUGGCAGCGAUGCCGGGAUCGAUCUUACAAAAUUCGACUCCUAUCCGUCCCGCGCGUCGCGACAGGCGGCCGCCCAGUCCGCUCCUAAAGCAGCUGUGGUGCGGAGGGACGAUGACAUGAUGGAUAUCGACGACACCGGGGAUGUGUAUAUUCCGCCGGCGCACCCGCUGGACGCGCUGCACCUGGAGAUAAUUGAGCACUUUACGCCGCUGCUGGCAGCGCUAGUGGACAGGGUGGCGGGGAGCGACGUGCCGCGCACGCGCGCGGAGGCGUCGGCGCCGAAAUCCGUGCACGCGCCGUCGUGGACGCGGGUGCACCUCGCAGAAUGGACGGUGGGGAUCUGUCUUGAUUACUUGCAUGAGCGGCGGCCGCUGCCGCGGUCGGAGCCGCGACUGGAGGUGUUUUUGCUGAAGCAAGGGGAGAGGGGCCGGUUCGGGUCGGGGCGGCGGGGACAGGACUGGCCUCGGGCUGCAUGGAAUGGGGCGCGUGGGGCGUUGGAGGAACUGGGGCGGCGGUGGGAGGACCGAUCGAUUGCAGAGUCGGCUGAGAUCUUGAAGCCGUUUAUAGAGUCGGUUUUUCUGCGACCGUUGCGACCGACUGGGACCUGA